CUAUCUUUUGCCUACCUAGGUACAUUGUCAUGUAUUAAUUGUCUUUGUCAACCAACCUUCCUCUCGUUUAUUUGAAUCAUUCCGCAGCAGCCAAUAUCGUCUUGUGUGCGACCCGACGUCUCGGUGAAUUGCAUUGCAUUUUCUCGUCGCUCGCUCCAACGACCUUCCCCUUUCUUAGAUCAUACAGUCAGUAGCUCUGCUGUUUGAUUGUUUUAUUUUAUUUUUCUUGUCUCUUUUUUACGAUCUCACCCCCUUGUUCCCCCCAACCAAUUGCGACGCUAUCGCUUCUUCUUACAGUGGGCGCGCUCGGUCUGGACUUAACUGUCUUGUCUUCAUUGAUUGGCUCGCCCAAAGUCUUCCUGGUUAUCUCUGCGCCCAGCCAAACGUUGGCCCACUACCUCUCCGGUUGAUCGCAACAGCGUGACGUGAGACACGUCCCUGCCACAAAGUCCCUUUCUUACCAAGAAAUCUCAAGGCAAUACCUAAACAAAAGACUGGGUGUAUUGAUCUUGGCAGUCUUGUCUGGCUGCUGCUUCACUGUGCUGCGCCAGAGAUUGGCAUUGAAGCCAGGGAGGCAAAAGAUCGAAGCAGACCGGCACUACUUUGUCUAGUGUAUCUGAUUUCAAGCCAAGAGUAAUUAGCCCGCAACCCGCCCGGCCGACUACCAAUACAUCAUCAAUCAAUCGAAACCUUUUUUCGCAUAUCGCCGCCAACUGCGCAGCAAACAAACAUAUCACAUCACCCUUCGCACCCAAUUCUUCUUCCAGCAUCGAAAAUAUCAUUAUACCGGUAGCGCUUCUAAUCGACCUGGUCCCGUAGGGACCUGACUUGUCUGAUGGGUAAAAAGUGGCGAUAUGGUGUCAUUCUCGACGCCGGCUCCUCGGGCACGCGACUGCAUAUUUACAGGUGGCAAGAUCCAGCAAAGGCCAGGAAACACGCUACGAAGGAGGAACUUCAGAGCCUUCCACAACUCGAGACGAAAGACAAAUGGACCAAGAAGACGAGGCCUGGCAUUUCAACCUUUGGUACCAAACCCAACGAUGUCGGACCCGACCACCUGCAAGACUUGAUCGAUCACGCGUUGAAGUACGUGCCCAAGAAGAAGCAGCAGGACACACCCGUGUUUCUGAUGGCUACUGCUGGUAUGCGACUUUUACCUGAGAUGCAACAAAAAGCCCUCUUGAGAGAGACUUGUACAUAUCUGAGGCAGAACACGGAAUUUUCGCUCCCCGACUGUGACCUACACAUCCAGGUAAUUCCUGGAGAAACAGAGGGACUGUACGGGUGGGUCGCAUCCAACUACCUACUCGGCGGCUUCGACAACCCUCAGAAUCACCAUCACGGCAAGGGACACCAUACUUACGGCUUCUUGGACAUGGGUGGUGCCUCUGCUCAGAUCGCCUUUGCCCCGAACUCGACCGAAGCCGAAAAGCACGCGAACGAUCUCAAGCGACUACGACUGCGAACUUUGGACGGCCAAGCAUCAGAAUUCAAGGUUUUCACGGCGACAUGGCUGGGAUUCGGCGUCAACCAAGCCAGACAGUCAUAUGUCAAGGGAUUAUUGGAAGGAGCAAGCGUUGACGCCUCUGAGAUUCCAGACCCGUGCAUGCCGAAAGGCCUCAGGACAACCCCCACGGGCGAGGUCGUCGAAGAUGUUACCGGAAACAAAAACCGCACGCUUAUCGGUACAGGCAUGUUCAAAGAAUGCCAGCUCAAGACGCACCCGCUGCUCGGCAAGGAUGCGCCUUGUAACGAUCACCCUUGUCUUUUGAAUGGCCAACAUGUUCCAGCGAUCGAUUUCGAGGUCAACCACUUUGUUGGUGUCUCGGAAUAUUGGCACACCACCCACGGUGUAUUUGACAAAGGAGACAAAGCCUAUGAUUUUGCAACAUACCAAAAGAAGGUUCAGGACUACUGUACUCGAGAUUGGGAUUCCAUAGAAUCUCAGCUUGAGACUCGGAAGAAGCACAGUGCAAAGAAUGCACAGGAAGCAUGUUUCAAGGCUGCCUGGUUGAUGAACGUCCUCCAUGAGGGUAUCGGAAUCCCGAGGGUGGGAUUGGAACACACUCCAAAAGUCAAUGUGUCCAAGGGGGCUCUAGAGAACGCCAAGGAUAAGGGAUUCAUCGAUCCGUUCAAGGCUGUGGACCAGAUUGAUGGCGUCGAGGUCAGCUGGACUUUGGGCAAAAUGUUAUUAUAUGCUGCUGGCCAGGUCCCUCCACCCGAGGCAAUGCAGGCCGAAGCGCUCCCUGUGGGCUUUGGAAGCAACGUCGAUGGCGUACCACCCGACUUUAACUUUGCAGGCUCAAGCUGGACUCCGAUCAAGCAUGACGAUGAUAAUGAUGACGAUUGGAGCGACAAGGCAGAUGACAUUGUCGACAAGGUCAAAUCCUCCAAGUCGACAUCUGGAUUCCUCAUCUUCGUUCUGAUUCUCUUCAUACUCGGCUACUUUUUGCGGAAGAGGGAACGGAGGAUGCGACUCUUUUCCAAGGUCAAUGGUAUGUUCCGGCGCUCACGGAAGCCUGGCAGCCCUAGGAAGGCCUCGCGCGGACUGGCGGGCCUCAGAAACAAGAUAUUUGGACGAACUUCCUCUACCAGUUACGAGAGGAUAUUGGAAGAUGGCGACGCCGAACAAUUUGCCCUCGGGGAUGUCGACUCGGAUGUUAGCGAUGUUUCCGACAGCUCUGACGGCGGUUCCUCAUCCUCUCGUCGUAUUUUAACAAACGGGGGUGGUCGAUCAUCAGGUCUCGCCACUCCUAAGUUGAAUGUCGAUAUGUUUGAUGACAGCAACCGAUCGGUCUCUGCCAUUGAUAGAAGUGGCUUGGUUGUUCGCACAGAGAGCCGUGAGAGGCUAGUGCCAAAUCUUCAGAUGUCUAAUGCUGGCCGACGAAGUCGAGCUGGCAGUCCAACAAGGAUGAAGAGCCCCUUGGUAUCUACAUUCCAGGAUGACUGAUAGUUUCCUGUUAUAUUCUAUUUAUCUUAUUUUCUAUAUUUUUUCAACCCCAAACGCUGGGACUCUUCCCAUUUCUUUUUGCAGAAACAUGACCACCUUUGCAUUCUCUUCAGCAAGCAUGAUACAGCGCAAGCAGACCGACAUCAUUACCUCGCUGGACUUGUUUUGUGUUAACGGCUGUUGCUAUUUUGAAAUUACUCUUUUAGUUCCGAUUACCCCGGGAGGUUUUGGUUUCGUAAAAAGUGGGAAAUUUGUCAGGAAGACUGGCGUUUGGUGUUCCUUUUCAUUUUUAUUUUUCUACUUUCUUUUUUGGUUGGUGUGCUUGUGUGGCAUAACGAUCCAACAUCACGAGAGUUUUGUUCAUUGUACAGAAUAUAGCUGCUGCGCAUUUCUGACUAACUAUAGCAUUAGAUCCAGAAGCAUUGUAAAAAGAUA